UGAAAGUUGGACGUACGAGUACAAGACCGGACCGGCAGACAGUCCGAAAGAAAGUCAAGAAAGCACUGUGUGUUUUAUUCUUUGCGCACCAGAACAAAUAAAGACAACAACAACAACAACAACAAAAAACAGACGACCCAACUCAGCCGCUAUGUGCAACAAAUUCGCCAUCGUCUUAGUUUUGUCAACUGUGGGCGCCAUUUGGGCCCAACAACAACAACCCUACUAUCUGCAGCAAUGUCCCCGAGAUGAGAACAUAAUCAAUGAAUGUCUACGUGAGUCCGGCAACAAAUUGGUGCAUUAUCUACAAAAGGGUGUGCCCGAAUUGGAUAUCUAUGAGAUCGAGCCGGUUAUCAUAGACGAGAUUGGCAUUGUGCUGGGCAACGGACCAGAUGGCUAUCGAGCCCUCUUCCGAAACAUUCAGGCCUAUGGUGUAAGCAACAUAACAGUCACCAAUGUGCGCUCCGACUUGGAUUCUCUACAGUUCCAACUGACUUGCGAGAUACCGCGUAUACGCGUCAAGGCUCAAUACCGCUCGACAGGUGUGCUGAUCUUGGUGAAGGCCUCGGGCGCUGGCGACUAUUGGGGCGAGUACGAGGGCGUCAAGGCGAAGAUCUACUUUAAGGCCAAUGCCAAUGAGGGCGCCGAUGGACGCACCUACCUGACCACUGAUUCCGUGAAAAUGGACUUCAAUGUCAAGGACAUACAGAUGGGCGUUGAUAAUAUUGCUCAGGGCAAUUCGGUUAUACAAGCCGCCCUCAAUCUCUUCAUCAACUCCAACUCUCAGGAGCUGCUCAAGGAAAUGAAACCGGCGCUGCGCACCAAACUGACGAUCGUUAUUCGAAACUUUAUGGAUCGUCUGUUUGCCAAGAUUCCUCUGGAGGAAUGGAUCAAUUUGAAUUGAGCAACAGCCAGGCGCUUAGAGUUUUAAGUUUAAUUUAUUGCACAAUCUCAAUGUUGAAGCUAAAUAAAAAAUACAAGUAGAUCAUACA